AUGACGAAUACAGAAGAUGAAGGACGACUACGACGUUGUUUGGAAGCGAUGGUUAAAAUUAUUGAAGAUACUAUGAGAAAACUAACUGACCAAAACCAAUCAGGACAUUUGACUACGGAUGGCACGUUAGACACUAAUAUCUAUACAUUUACGUUGGAUCCUCAAGUAAACGCUUUGCUGGACGAUAUGAAAUAUCAUCUUGAAGAAGAGCUAUCAAAAAACAUACCCAAGUUGUUGACACUAUCUCGUAAAUAUUUAUUGAAUUUUUUACAUCAGUACAAUUACAAUCAAGAGACUCACGAGUUCGCAAGUCCUUUCAAUGUUGGCAUGCUGAAAGAUUUUGCGAAUGAUGCGCAACAGAUGUUAGCUUCACUCAAAGCUUUCCAAGCAGCUUUCAAUGGUGACGAAGGUGAGGUAAAACAUUUCCUGAAGAAAUAUCCCACAAUGAAAGAUAGUCCUGGUUUGUGGGGCACCACGAUCCUCUACUCAGCAGCUCGAAACAAUCAUUUCAAUUUGGUCCGAUUUCUUUUGAUCAAAGCUCGAUGCUCCGUCAAUGCUCAAAAUCAACAACAUAUUAAGCGAGCUUUGGACAGAGCAAUCGAAGAUGAUCCGGACUUUGCUCGAAAUCCAUCUGCUGGCUCAACGGCGUUACACGGCGCUUGUUUUGGUGAUCAUUUGAAGAUAGUCGAAUUCCUCUUUGAACACGGUGCUGAUUGUUUUCUCCGAAAUCAUGCUGCUGAAACACCCAUUGAUAAUGCCCGACAACGUCCCAGUAUUAUUAAAUAUUUUAAAGACAACCUUGUUUCCAGCUAUUCGAUCAAAACCGAUGAUUUACCGCAUUUACCGAUUACGACGGAAGAUGAAAAUACUCUCGUCGAUUGUUUUUGGGAAUAUAAACCAUUUACCAGUGAGCAAUGGUAUCCGUUUUCGGAACCCGAGGCAACCACUCUUCAGGGAUCCAUGAUAUUCAAAGAGGACAACGAGUUUAAACAUGAAAUUCAUCUACGAGUGCGCGCUGGAACUUAUGCAGUUUCGUUAAUUCAAUUCCUACGAUCGGGCAAGGAUUCUGGUUUCACCCAAAAAAUCGCUUGGGUUCGUUGCCGAGGCUCGUCCAUCGUAAAUUUCAAUUGCUACUGUCUCUGGCAAAUUAUGUUCACGAAAUAUCCAAAGGCCGAAACUGAGCCCUCCUUAACAAUGUUGACCAUACCGACGGUAUACGAUAGCAAUUUCAAAGUCCGUCUUCAUUCGUGGUAUUUCUGUGACGCUAAAACCGAGACCCGGUUAGAUCAUACCAUGAAAUAUCGUCGCAAAUAUCUUCGUCUCGAGCUUCCUCGUGUUUGUCAGGAUGAACUCGUAUUUGAUUUACAGACAUUUUCGUUUGCUAAUGGAAGCGGAAGUAUCGCUGGCUAUAUUCGCUGGAUUCCAAAGAUGAUUUCAAACAAUCCGCGCAAUAAGAACAAAAUUAUCGGUAUCGAUGAUUUUCAAGCAUUGGCACAUUUAAAGCCGAUACCAUUAACUACAGCACGAUUGAGACAAGUCGAAAGAAAUGCUGAUCGUAUGUCCACUGUUAAUGAUGACGAUGAUGAUGAUGGUAUGUUCAGAAAUGACGAAGAUUAUGAUUCGGAUACCGAUGCAAGUGAUGUCGAAGAUGAUGGUAGUGUGCAUAGAGCAAUCAAUGAAAUGCCUAAUACUCCCAUCAAUCAAGUUUGGUCUGUGAAAGAUCUUACUGGGAAUAUCGAAAGCAAAUCCGACACCUCCGAAGAUUUCGGUGCAAAACGAAUGGAAGAUUUCAUCAAUGAAGCAGCUGCAACUGUACGCUUAUCGCAACAGGAGAGUUUCGAGGAGAGCAUGGCUUCUGGCUCAUCGAAUAACGAUAAACAAUCAGCACAAGUCAACGAACAAUUGAGAGAGCUAGAGAAGAAUAACGAAAAAUUGAACAAUGAUUUAGCCAACGAAAGACAACGGAUACAAGACUUAUUGGAUUCAGAUAGCCAACAUGAGCAGGAAAUCGAACGAUUGUUAAAUCGAAUCACGGAUAUGGAAAAAAACCAAAAAGAAUAUGAACAACAAAAACAAAAAUUGAAAGCAAUGGAUAAAAACAUCAAAACCUUGGAUUACAAAAGCAUUCAAGUCGAAGUCAUCCACCGGUACUUGGCACCAAAACAUUCGAUCAUCAUUCUUCAUUUACAAAGUUUAUUGAAAAACAUAGACCCAUCUUUCAAUGAUCGCGUACCGAAAAUCGUGUUCUCCAAAGAGAGUAGUCAAUAUGUUGUUACCGUCAUUGGAUUUUCUGCUCAUCAGCAAGGAUUCAAAGAUCUUUUACAACGAAUAUGGUCGCUGAUGAAUGUUAUUCAGUCGGCAAAAAAAUUUUAUCAACGGUACAUCCACCGAGAGACCCGUCAAAUGAUGAAAGAAGCUGUAUUUCGUGUAAAACCACAAACACAUAGUUGGAAGCAAUAUGUUGCAACCUUCAGCGAACUAUUGGAGACGAAGAAGACGGAAUAUGAAAAGAAAUUUGAAGUCUUCCUUGAUGAACAAGCGAACGCAUUGAUUGACCAAUGCAUUGUCGACAAACUACCGAAGCCUUGGGAGGAUAUUCGCAAAGCAGCGGAUCAGUUUCUACAGAAUCAACCAUUUAUGAAUGAAAUAGAACAUCUGAAACGUGUGGCAUUGGAACAGUUUAUCAAAGAAAAUAUCUUAGUUCAGCGUGCGAAACUCGACACGAAGCCGUCGACGAAAUCUGUUGCUGUCCUUCAAGAGUUUAUCGACAAAGUACAAAAAGAAUUUCAGACACUAAAGUUGUACCAAGGUUAUGAACUGAAGCAUUUCGCACUCAUUCCUAAACUUCUUCAACGACUCACUCUUUACUACGGUUGUUUCAAAGUUCAAUUGCCACUGUACGAAUCGUGUAAGGAUCUAUUGAAUAAAAUCGAAAAGAGUCCAGUGGUUACUAUUUCAACAUCGACUGGAUCAGGAAAGUCGACAUUAUUACCAGUUCUAUUGAUCGCCGAAGGUUAUGAUAGAGUUAUCGUCACUCAACCACGACGUUUGCCAUGCCAGUUAAUUUGUAAACGAGUAAAUCAAACGAUGGGCAACGAUUCGGAAUCACUGAAGAAUCCAAUAGCUGGCUGGGCCGUCAGUGGUACUGAAAGACAUCCUGAUGCAGCUAUCGUUUACUUGACGGACGGUCUACUGAAAGAACGACUACUCUACGAUUCGAAUCUGAUCUCUACACAAACGAAACUCAACAAAUCAGUCGUUUUCUUUAUCGAUGAAGUCCAUGAACGGUCGGUUAAUAUUGAUCUUUGUCUGGCUCUACUCGCUCGAACAUUAACGAAUCAACCUGAACUGAAAACCAAAAUAAAAGUAGUUGUUUCAUCUGCAACACUCGAUGCUUCAGUGCCGAGAUUAUUUAGUAAAAUUGGCCUUGCCGAAUUCCAAAUGCCACAAAUGGGAACAUUAUACAAAGUCACGGAAAUUGCACGACCCAACGAGAAUCCCAUUGAUAUCAUUCAAGAAUUGUGUAAAAAACGAAAACGUCAUGAGCAAAUUCUUUGCUUCGUUAGUUCCGUUGGAGAAGUCACUCAAUCGUGUCAACAAAUCAACGAAAUUAGCCGAGAAACAAUUGUUGCGUACCCAUUAAUCCAAUCACAACAUCCCAACGUUCAACAAGAUCACAUUGAACACGGCACUGUGUUCUUCUCUACCACCAUAGCAGAAACAUCGCUGACCUUCCCUUGUCUGAAAUACGUCGUCGAUACAGGAAUGAUCAAUGUUCCCGUGUAUGAUUUUGAAUCGAAACGGACUGUUCUACGAGAAAUUCCAGCUGCUCAAUCAACAAUAAAACAGCGAUUGGGUCGUCUCGGUCGAACACAACCCGGUGAGUACUAUUCAUUGUACAAUUUCAAGCCCGAUGCCGUUCCAUAUCCGGUACCUCAAAUCUGCCAAUCGGAUCUGAUGAGCAUCGAAUUUUCCUUGAGAAAGUCUCCAUUGAAAGCUGGCUUCAACCAUAUGAAAACAUAUCUGCCGGAUAAACCGCCACAGAAAGUAAUUGAUACAACCAUUGCGCAGUUACAAGAUUUGAAUAUUUUGGAGAAAGGUUCUAACGAUAAACUGACCAAACAUGGUGAGGAGCUAGCGAAAUUACCUGAUUUCGGUUCAUUGGCAAUGUCCAAAGCGGUGUUGGCAGCUCUUGUUCAAUAUGGGUGUGGACGGGAUCUAAUCUGUUUGUAG